AUGGGAAGCCCCAGUGACUGGCGCCUGCGCCGGGACUUCCAGCAGGGCAGUGACGAUGGUGGCACUUCUGCCACCUCCCUGCUUCGCGUGACAAUGAGCUUCUCGCCAGGCGACGAUAACGGCCACCGGCACAGAAUAACCAGGAGACCCUCCUGUCACUUCCUGACGGCCCGGUCCCUGCAGCUGAAGGAGAAGCCAUCGGCUCUCACAGCCACCAUUUGCCAGCUGGACAAAGGUCCUUCCAGCAGGGCCUGGCUCCCCUCUUGUACCCCACGGACCCCGCCCCCGUCCCCCUGCUUCCUCGCUCCACUCCUGCUGUCCCCCCACAAGGUGACCCCUUCUCCCGCAGGCGUGAACCGGCACUUCCACAUGAUCUGUAUCAGGGACAAGUUCAGCCAGAACAUCGGGCGGCAGGUGCCAUCCAAGGUCAUCUGGGACCACCUGAGCACCAUGUAUGACAUGCAGGCACUGCACGAAUCUGAGAUUCUUCCAUUUCCAAACCCAGAGAGGAACUUCGUCCUUCCGGAAGAAAUCAUUCAAGAAGUCCGUGAAGGAAAAGUGAUCAUCGAGGAGGAAAUGAAGGAGGAAAUGAAGGAAGACGUGGACCCCCACAACGGGGCUGACGAUGUUUUCUCGUCUUCAGGAAGCUUGAGCAAAGCGACCGAAAAGUCCGGCAAAGACAAAGACAAGAACUCCUCAGACUUGGGGGCCAAGGAAGGGGCGGACAAGCGCAAGCGCAGCCGGGUCACCGACAAAGUCCUGACCGCGAACAGCAACCCCUCCAGCCCCAGUGCCGCCAAGCGGCGCCGGACGUAGACGCUCCCCAGAGGCAGGCGGGCGGGGCCG